AUGACUCUCAUGACUGCCCAUGCCCGUGAACUGCAACAGGGCCAGCAAUGGCGUUCCUCGUCAUGGUUCAUCGUAACGGCCAUGGCAAUGGCUCUAUUUACAGAUACAUUCCUCUACACUUUCCUCGUUCCGAUUCUCCCAUAUGUAGUGGAGACCCGCCUGGGGCUUGAUGCCUCAUUGACGCAACGAAUCAGCUUCGCGUUAUUGUCGGAGAGCUCUCUCGUCGCCGUCGUCUUGAAUCCGUUCAUAGGUCACUACGCGGACAAGUCAGAAUCAAAGCGAGUGUGGCUGCUGUCGGCGUUGGUGGCCGCCCUGCUUGGAUCGAUCUAUCUGGCCGUCGCGAACUCGGUGUUUGAUAUCUUCAUGAGUCGCCUGAUUCAAGCCAUCGCGAGUGCGUUCAUGUGGGUGAUAGGAUACGCAACCAUAGCCGACUGUGUCGCACCCGAACGCUUGGGCAUGAUAUACGGGGUCAUCUCGGUGGCUGCGGGCGUCGGCCUAUCUGGCGGCCCUCUGGCGUCGGGCGUGCUUUUCAAGCUGGGGGGUUAUUGGCUGGCGUGGUCCAGCGCCUUUGUGAUUCUCGCCGUCGAUAUUGUUCUGCGACUGCUCAUGGUGGAAAAUCCCAGGAGAAGGAAAGAGAAGCAAGCAAUUCGCCCCCCCGCCAACGACGACCCGCGCCCUGAGGAGACGCCACUUUUGUACCCAGAUGAUGAUCCAUCACCUGCCCCAGAUGCCAGUGCACCGGCCGAAACGAUGGUCAAGAGUGGCUGGCAGUAUUACGUAUAUGUGUUCCAGCAUCGCGGGUUCGUGGGCGGGGUGCUGGGCUUUUUUGCCUUUGCGAUUUUGAUUUCGAGCUUUGACACCACGCUUCCUCUGCACGUCCGUGAUGUGUUCGGCUGGGACAGUAUGCCCACCGGGUUGAUGUUUCUGGCUCUGCAAGGCCCGUCCAUCGCGCUCAGUCCCUUCAUUGGCUGGCUGAAAGACCGAGUCGGGACCAGGAUUCCCACCACGGUCGGUUUCUCUAUCUUGGCGCCGUUGAUGUGGCUGUUGGGUGUGCCAGGCGAUGAGCGCUUCCCCUGGGCAAACCAAGGCCAGCGGGGACAGGUCAUCUAUGCCGUUGACGUGACUGCCGUCGGCAUCGUAUCCUGCCUCCUCAAUGGCGUUGGCACGAUUGAAGUGACUAAGGCGAUUGAUGAUAUUCAAACCAGGCACCCUGGCAUUUUUGGACCACAUGGCGGGUAUUCGAGAGCCAUCUCGAUCUGUAGCAUGGGCUGGACCAUCGGUGCGUUCCUCGGCCCCAUCUUGUCGGGCUACCUUGUCGAAACGAUCGGAUAUUACGAGAUGACCGGUGUGAUCGCGGUACUGUGUGCUGCCUCCGCUGUCAACGCAUUCUUGAAUCUCGGAUCUCAGGCGCAUGUCACCCACGGAAGUCCUAAUCCGGACCCCCACCCGUAA